CAACCAGAAGAUCUCGAACUCCAACUUAACUUUUAAUAAGAAUUACUGUAUAUUUCUUCUCUACAUUUAUAUAUUGAAAAAUCAGUCAAGCUGGCGUCGUUAAAGAGAAAUAACAAUAAUAUAAGCAAUUAUAAUAAUAAUAUAAUGUGGAGUAGUACAAUAUCGCCAACAAACUCUAAGAAACUGUUGAUCGGUAGUACACGAAGCGUUGAUUAUGUCGGUGAUAGUGCAAAAACAACAACAACAACAGCAACAGCAGCAGCAGCCAAUAAUAAAGCAGGUGCAGGAGCAAUCAAAGGAGCAGCGGCCAAAGGACAACAAAAAGGGGCAACACCAUCGAAUACAACAAAAAUCUCAAUUGAAAUGGAGCUACAUAUACAAAAUAAGUGCAUCUCGGCAUAGCGUAUCACUCUGGAGGGUGGUGCAGAGCCGCCAUGGCUGCAGGGCCCCCUUAAAGCUGCAUUUUUGGGGGCUACUGGCGUCGGCAAAACAAGCAUAUUACAGCAAUUUUUCUACCAUGACUUUCCCAAGACUCAUCAGACGACUACGCAUCGGAAAAUUUAUAAAAACUGUUUGGUCUGCGAUGCCUGCAUACGGGAGCUGAUGGUACUGGACGUUCCACCCCAGAAGCGAUUUCCGGCUGAUAACUUUGCUGAAUGGAAUAAUGGACAUCCGCUGGGGCUGCGAACGGUGCACGCCUAUGUGUUAGUCUACGACAUGGGCAAUUUGGAAACGUUUCAGUACUGCCGCUCCAUGAGAGAUCAAAUUUUAGACAGUUUCAGUCAUCGUGAUUUUAGCAUAAUUGUGGUUGGCAAUAAAUAUGACAAUGUGACUGAGGCGCAGGCCAACUCGCAGGAACUCAAGGACAUUUCCACGCUUGUGCGCAAACAUUGGCGUUGUGGAUAUGUGGAGUGUUCGGCGCAAUACAACUACAAAAUCGGCGACGUUUUUCGUGAGCUAAUGGGUUGCAGCAGCGGAGGCGUCACUGGGACCACAAGCGGGGGUCUCGUUGGCACUGACUACUCACAAUCAACUAGGAAUAAAGGACGCUGUACAAUACUCUAGCAAAUGCUGCAUAAGUUUUUUAAGCAAACAUUUUGAUCUCUCGCGCAUAAAACGCAGGCAAACAUU